UUUUGUUUCCAGUUUCGGUAUUAGAAAACAGAGUAGAAUCAGAUUCUCUUUGGCAGAACAGUUUGGCUCUCAUACGCGUCUGUUUUUUUGUUUUCAUUUAGUGAAACAGAAAGAUAAUUUAUUCUUUAGUCUUUGUUGGCAAUCGAGGCAGAGAAGUCUGCCGUCAGCAUGUCGUUCAGGAGGGCAUUAAAGCUGGUGUGCGGACUUGCUGGUGGAUCAGCGGUCCUUCUAGCGGCAGCUGAUUCGCAAGGAUAUUUGGGGGAUGUAAGCAGUACCGAACGUUUAAAAGACUGGACUGUACUUCGUGUUCUUCGAGCAGCACAACCGCAGACGUGGUCAUCGGGUAAUCAGAACCACAUCGUGAAACCAAGUGGCAAUGGCUGGGACAGCAACUGGGACAAGCGUGACCCCAUGACCAUCAUUAAUGGAAAAAAGAAGAAAGUUAAGGAGACUUCUGAUGAGGAUCUUGGUUCAGAGCUGGAGAAUAGCAAACCCAAAGCCACCCGUAACAUCAUCCUGAUCCGCCACUCCCAGUACAACCUGAACGGCAGCUCAGACAAGGAGAGAAUUCUGACCGCGCUGGGCCGGGAGCAGGCGGAGUUGACUGGUCAGCGGUUGGCUGCCCUGGGGCUGAAAUAUGAUGUCAUGAUCCACUCCACUAUGGCCCGAGCCACAGAGACAGCACACAUCAUCAGCAAGCACCUUCCAGAGGUGGAGCGGGUGAGCUGCGACUUGUUGAGAGAAGGUUCUCCCAUUGAACCCGUACCCGCCAUCAGCAGCUGGAAGCCCGACUCUGUGCAGUACCAUGAGGAUGGGGCACGAAUCGAGGCAGCGUUUCGGCGGUACAUCCACCGUGCUGACGUCCAGCAGAAAGAGGACAGUUAUGAGAUCAUUGUCUGCCAUGCCAACGUCAUUCGAUACUUUGUAUGCAGGGCCCUACAGUUUCCUCCAGAGGGCUGGCUGCGGAUGGGUCUGAACAACGGCAGCAUCACUUGGCUCACAGUCCGCCCAAGUGGCAGGGUUGGACUGAGAAUGCUGGGAGACUCUGGGUUUAUGCCCCCUGAUAAGCUCACACGCACCUGACCCCCCCCCCCCCCCCAA